CGGAGGUGGGCUGAGACAUAGAGGCGGGGAAGUCUAAGAUGGUUAAUGGUAAAAGUUCAAAGGGUGGACCAGGAGGUUCCAGAUUCACUUCCCUAGCGGCUGAUGAGGUGGAGGAAGAUAUUGGGACAGGCAGGACAAAGGCAGAUGGCAGCAAUAAUAACCACCCCGCGAGCUUUGGGAAAGGGGAUAUAUUAACGAAAAAGUCUUCGGAAGGCAUUAGAGGAAAUGCUAAAUCAGCAGGGGGUACAUCUGGGUCGGCUGGCAGGGAAUCUGGGAAGAAGACGAUGACAGUUGAUUCUAACAAGCAGACGCAGCCACCUAACGAAACCGUAACAUUGGUCCAUCCGACAGCGGAGGGUCUGAACGUACCUGUGAAAAACACUUCCAUGAAGGAACCACCACGGAUGCCGGCGUCGACCCAGUCGGAGAAAGCAAACAAUGGGGUCCAACCCAUGGAGCCUAAUGCCAUGCAAAGACACCAUGUUCGGCCUCCUGAUAGUCACAGUCAGCAGGUGGAGAGCUCGGGGAAUCUUGCCUUAGAGAAGACGAAUGAGAGUAUUAUAGAGAGCCUCGUGAAUGAGGCUUCCUCAUCAUGAGAUCUAUCGGUGUUUCCGGAGCCUGCUCUUCCAUAUUUAUUAAAUGAUGAACUUUUUUAUGUGGAAUUGUAGGGGUGCAGGGAGUAAACGCUUCCUUAGAGUGUUUAAAGAGUAUAAGAGAAGAUACCGUAAGGAUAUUGUGAUAACUGUUGAGCCACGAAUUAGUGGCAGUAAAGCGUUGCAAAUGGU